AUGGCGGGGGUGAUGUUCUGCGAGCCCCGACACCUCUACAACAUCAUCAAUCAGUACCGGUGGAGAUCGCGGCUGACGGAGCCCAACUACCUGUGCCUGUUGGAUGCCCGUUCUCAGCGUGAAUUCAAUGACAGCCACAUAAUUACAGCCCAAAGGAUUGAACUGAGUCCUGCAGGGGAGUACCUGAUCCCGAAUCCCGAGGAGCUGGGCUAUGUCAGAUUCUGUGUGGUGUAUGACCACGACACUGGCUUUUUGGGCUGCACUGACUAUCAGGAGGAGGAGAAAGAAACAGGGAACAGUGCUACUUCACAGACUGAAAUCAGCAGCUCAGGUUCCAGGUGUUCCCAGAAUGCUGGGGAAGGAGAUGCCCUCCUCCAUGCCAGAAACCUGGAGCAGUUCACCCGACACCCCGUGCUUGUCCUGAAGGGAGGGUACAAGCGCUUUUCAGCUUGUUACCAUUUCCUGAAGAGCCAGAAGACACUGUGGAUGCCUCAGGAACUAGACACCUUCCAGCCAUACCCUGUAGAAAUAUUGCCUGCAAAGCUAUAUAUGGGCAAUUUCAAGCAGGCCAGUGACAAACAAAUUCAGAAAGAUCUGAAGAUCAAAGCACUGGUCAACGUCUCUGAACAGCCUGUAACACUGUUUACAGAAGAAGGUAAAUCCCUCCAUAUAUCUGUUCCAGAUUCACUCGAAGCAGAUCUUUUUUCUUCCUUCCCCACCAUUUCUCAUUUCAUAGAUGCUCAGCUGGACGUGGGAGCAGUGCUGGUGUUGUCCAGCCUGGGGAUAAGCCGGAGCAGCACAGCCACCAUGGCCUAUCUGAUGCACUCCUGCCGCUUUUCCCUGCGGAGAGCUUGGAAAUACCUUCUGAAAUGCAAAAUGAACAUGAGACCACACCGGGGCUUUGUGGAACAGCUCUCAGCCUGGGAGAACCAAAUCUAUGGGUGCCCAGUCACAGAUGUCACUGAACCAAAUUACUGACAGAGAACAUCCCAUGGGGAAAGCC